UUUGUUGGCGCGGCGGAGUGAGGCAAAACGCGGCGAUAGCCUCGCCAGCGCGCAGUGCGACCGCGGCGGCUGUGCUAACAGCUGAUCUCACAGUUGCGUGUGAACAUGACAUCCAUAAUGUUAGACGAUAAGUUCCAAAACGACAAGUGCAACGGGCUGAGUGCCACCUUCGUGGAGAAGGGCGCGGUGAACUCGCGGAAUCGCUCCAAGAGUUUAUCGAGUGAUAAGCUGAACAACACCAACGCCGACCGCGCCGCUAUUCUGGAGGAUGUUGAAGCCCAUCACAUCACAGACAAGUCUGAGACGCCGGGCUGCCUCGUCCAGAAUAGGAUCACGGAUCUAGGCUCGCAGAAAAAGGAAAAUGGGUUCCACGACGGCAAGGCGUCGUACGGGACGGAGUCUCCCGCCAGGGGGCGCCGCGUCAUAUUCUGUGUCCACGGGAACCCGUCCACCGGCUGCUGCGCCGUCAUCGAGACCACGGCUGAUGGAGAGGAGCGGGAGAUCAGGAACGGGAGCAUCGCUGAGCUGCAACGACACUGCCACAAAUCAAGAAAUGAAGAAAUAGACAAGCGCGCCCGGAGAAAACUGAUCAUAGCCAGCGUACUGUGCGUCGUGUUCAUGAUAGGAGAAAUUGUCGGCGGCUACCUAUCAAAUAGCCUGGCGAUCGCGACGGACGCGGCGCAUCUGCUCACGGACUUCGCCAGCUUCAUGAUCUCCCUGUUCUCGCUGUGGGUGGCCAGCCGGCCCGCUACCAGGAGGAUGCCGUUCGGCUGGUACCGCGCAGAAGUCAUCGGUGCUCUCACGUCAGUGCUUCUCAUCUGGGUGGUGACGGGCGUGCUGGUGUACAUGGCGGUGCAGCGCGUCAUCACCCGCGAGUUCGAGAUCGACGCCACCGUCAUGCUCAUCACUUCUGCUGUCGGCGUGCUGGUUAACCUCAUCAUGGGUCUGACGCUGCACCAGCACGGCCACAGCCACGGCGGCGGUGGCGGCCACGGACACUCGCACGGCUCCAGUAAUCCCGUCCUUAACAACAAGGAGCGCAGCCCCGAAUCAGACGCGGAGAGCUCGAGCGGGCACGGGCACCAACACGCGGAGAACAUCAACGUGCGCGCCGCCUACAUCCACGUCAUUGGGGACUUCCUGCAGAGCUUUGGAGUCCUGGUCGCCGCUAUUGUCAUCUUCUUCAAGCCGUCCUGGUCGCUGGUGGACCCGAUCUGCACGUUCCUGUUCUCGGUGCUGGUGCUCAUCACCACCUUCAACAUCAUCAAGGACGCGCUGCUGGUGCUGAUGGAGGGGUCGCCGCGGGGCAUCGACUUUCAGGAGGUGGCCAACACAUUCCUGUCCAUCCCCGGCGUGGUGCGGGUGCACAACUUGAGGAUGUGGGCGCUAUCGCUGGACAAAACCGCGCUGUCCGCUCAUCUUGCUAUCCGCACCGGAGCCAGCCCGCAGAAGAUUCUGGAAGAGGCGACGCGGCUCGUGCACGACAAGUACAACUUCUUCGAGAUGACGCUGCAGAUCGAGGAGUUCAGUGACGUCAUGGAAGACUGCAAUCAGUGCAAGAUGCCGCAGUCAUGAGGGCUUUCAAACUGCUUCUGUGAGUGUGAGAAUUCUCAUACUCCUGCUAUGAAUUUGAGAAUUCUCAUGCAGGCGCAUGAGAGAGAGAUAUAUGCUAUGAAUUUGAGAAUGAGCGUAAUGUGGUUUAGCUUAGAAUUGUAUGUUUUGUGCAACUUUUGAAUCGUGACAUGAUGGAUGUUUUCUUCAAUUGGUAGGAUAGUUAUGAGCUGGAGAUUGUGUCAUAAUAUUGGGAUCCUCAUGUUGCGCAUCAAUUGUUUCCGAGUAUUUAGAUAUUACUUUAUCACCAUCAUCAUCUUCGUCAUAAUCAUCAUCAACUACGUUAUACGUAAUUAGGUAUUACUUAUCUACCCUUUACUAGACGUGUAUUGGUCAUCACGUUAUCAGCCGAGCGAGACUGCUCAAUAUUUAAUUAUAUGAUGGGUAUGAGUGAGAUGGGUAGAGUUUGCUCACUUCUUAUUUAUAACUCUUUGGACUUGUUAUCUAAAUACGAGGUAAAUUAGACCUUCAUAUUAUUACGGUAGCGGUCAUCUCUUGGUUCACUAGUACAGAGUUUAUAUUGCGAAUACUUAUUACACAAUUUAUAGUUGUCAUUGACCUCUUAUCAGCUAAUGUAGUUGAAGUCAACUGUAGCGUAAUAUGUAGUAUUCGGUCUGAUAACUACCGUUAUUCUCACAUAAUGAAAUCAGAAGCCUAGCAUCAAUCCAUGAGUGUGGUAAAAUUUUAUCAGUGUAAAUUGACAUGGCCCUGCAGCACAGGGCGCUAUUAAGACGUGACAAGAGUUCUCCGUCGCGCUCGCUCUUGAGGCAGCGCGAUGUGAGUGAGCUCGAAGGAAAACUCUUGUCACGUCUUAAAUGCGCCCCGUACAAGCCCUUCUGAAGCGGAUAAAAUAAGUAUUCGAUAAAACUAAUUCAAAAGUCGAUACUGACAUACAAAUUGGCAAAGCAACAAGAAACAAUAGAAAAAUUAUAAUAGUGCAGUAAAAACAUAAUUAUAAGACUUACGAUAGCAGGGUGAUUCAAUUUAUAUUAUAGAUUAUAGUCGAAUAACAAAUUGAAAUAAUUACGUAUAAUAAAUUGUUUAAAAUGGUCCAUAAAUAGUUAAUACAAUGAAGAAAUCGCAAAUAAUCAUUACAAUCCCGAAGAGACACAGCUCUCCGUUUUAAAAAGUUCCACUACUUUUGCUUCACCUGUAUAAAUAUUUCAACAAAAUAUAUUAUACUUACUUACUGAAAAUACCAAAGUUUCAUAUCUACUUACUAGAUGAUUUGUACUUAUACAUAGUUUGUGAAUCUUUGAUUUUAUUAAGACCUAUGCAAGGCGCAGUGCCAAGUUAAAACAUUUAAUUAUCUAUGAUAGAAUCCGAUGAAAUAGACAAA